GCGACAGACGUUUCUGGACGCCCUCUCCCCCUCUUUUCCUUUUACACUCCCUCCCCUUCUGUACACGAGUGGACUUUUCCUGACCGGCUCUUUCUCAGUUCUUUGUCGGCUGUUGCUUGGGGUAAUAUCUCACGUGCACAAGUGCGAGCAAAACUUGCGAAAAUGGCUCUGUCUAUCAAGAAAGUCCUUAUUAGCGACGCUGUCGACGCGUCAUGCGUCGAAAUCCUUGAAAAUAACGGCAUCCAGGUUACCCUCAAAACAGACUUCACCAAGGCGCAGCUUUUGAAAGAAAUCGAAAACUACGACGCGCUGAUAGUGCGAUCAGCCACCAAAGUGACGUCAGAUGUUAUCGAAGCUGGACAGAAGCUCAAGGUCAUCGGACGUGCGGGAACUGGUGUCGAUAACAUUGACUGCAAUGCAGCCACUCGACAAGGAGUACUGGUUAUAAACGCACCAGGAGGUAAUACGGUCAGUGCAGCAGAACUCACCUGUGCAAUGGUGAUCACACUCUCAAGAGAAAUCCCUGCUGCAACGAGUUCACUGAAAGCUGGAAAGUGGGAUAGAAAAAUGUUUAUGGGAAACGAAUUGUACGGCAAGACCCUGGCAAUCGUUGGCCUCGGCAGGAUUGGAAAAGAAGUGGCAACGAGGAUGCAGUCGUUUGGUAUGAAGACGAUUGGGUUCGACCCUAUUGUCCCAGCCGAGGUAUCCCAAGAAUUUGGAGUGGAAAGCAUGACUCUCGACCGACUUUGGCCACUUGCCGACUAUAUUACAGUCCAUACGCCUCUCAUACCGCAAACUAAGCACUUAAUCAACAAAGACACACUCGGAAAAUGUAAAAAAGGCGUCAAAAUCAUCAAUGUUGCUAGAGGUGGCAUUGUCCACGAGGAUGAUCUCUUAGCUGCACUGGAGUCUGGUCACUGUGGAGGAGCUGGGUUAGAUGUUUUUGUUGAGGAACCACCCAAAAACCAUGCCCUGAUUGGCCACCCUAAGGUAGUGUGCACCCCACACUUGGGCGCAAAUACGAGGGAGGCGCAACUGCGAGUCGCGCAAGAAAUCGCGGAACAGUUUGUUGAUCUCACCGUUGGACAAUCUGUCCCAGGUGUGGUAAAUGCUCCUGCACUGGCCCAAACGCAAGUCCCCGAAAACAAACCAUGGGCCGACCUGUGCGUCGCCCUGGGAAAGGUUGCCUCUGCAUUAGUUGGCCCUUCCAAUGGCUUACAACUUGAGCUGACCACACGUGGGGCAGCGCUCGCGGGCAAAGCCAAGUUCUUGUGCACUGCAGCUGCGAUUGGAGUGCUCAAACAACUGGGUCGCAGCAAUGCAAAUUUCAUCAACGUGUCAGCAUUGGCACCAGAGGCCAAAAUAGAAAUGUUACAGAAGCAUGUGGAGAAGCCAUCCUGUUGUCUUUCGGGUGAAGUGAGCCUAGAUGUCAAGUGUGGGACGACCACUCACACACUUGUGGGCUCAGUGGCAGGGGACAGGUUGUUUCUUUGCUCCAUAGAUGGUGCUGCCUUUGAGCCACGCCAGGUUCUCUCUGGAGCAUUACUCUUUGGAGUAGGCCAGGACAGCCCCAAUGCCCUCGUCCAGAUUAUGGGUGAACUUGUAGGACAAGGCAUCUCUGUCCUGUCGGCUUCUCGAUGCACCGGAGGCUUCUACGUUUUCAGCACUGGCUCUCCAGUAAGCACGCAGUCUCGCCCACCUGUUGCACCCCUCAAGUUUUGGUCCUAUGUUAACUUCAAUAAUUAACCUCCAUGUUCCAUCCUCCUGUUUCCUCAUCGAGUGGAAAUCAUCAGCUGUUUCACCUUUUCUGCUGUGCUCCUCUUAUUGACAAGCACUUAUUAAAGUUUUCAAUAGUGGAUAAAUUUUUAGGAAAGGUCAUUUAAUUUUAAAAUGCAUUUUUUGUGGAGCGGAACUAUUUUAAUAACAUUCCAUAGUGAUUAGAUGACACAAUGAUUGUGUGAUGAUAUUUUAUGGGAUCCUAAUUUGAGUUAUCGUUUAAGGAAUAAUAAAGUACAUUUUGAAGCUGCA